GGGCUGGAGCACGUCCCAUACGAGGACAGGCUGAGAGAGUUGGGGUUGUUCAGCCUGGAGAAGAGAAGGCUCUGAGGAGAUCUUAUAGUGACCUUCCAGUACCUGAAGGGGCUACAAGAAAGCUGGGAAGGGGCUGUUCACAAAGGCUUGUAGUGAUAGGACAAGGGGCAAUAAGUAUAAACUGGAGAGGGGCAGAUUUAGACUAGACAUAAGAAAGAAUUUCUUCACGAUGAGGGUGGUGAGGUACUGGCACAGGUUGCCCAGGGAAGCUGUGGCUGCCCCAUCCCUGGAGGUGUUCAAGGCCAGGUUGGAUGGGGGUUUGAGUAGUUUGGUCUGGUGGGAGGUGUCCCUGCCCAUGGCAGGGAGGUUGGAACUGGAUGAUCUUUAAGAUCCCUUCUAACCCAAACCAUUUUAUGGUUCAUUCUAUGAUUCUAUGAUUCUAUGAUUCUAUGAUGGGAGCAAGGAGGAAAUCACAGUUAAAACAAUUGUGCUCCUUGCCUGAAGACUCCUGAACUUCUCAGGUUCUCCUGUGCUUCUUCCAGGCUCGGGAAGAUCAUAGACUCACAGAAUGGUUUGGGUCAGAAGAGACCUGAAAGCCCAUCGCGUUCCAACCCCACUGCCAUGGGUGAACCAGGGUGCUCAGAGCCCCAUUCAGCCUGGCCUUGAACACCUCCAGGGAUGGGGAAUCCACAGCUUCCCCGGGCGGCCUCUGCCAGCCCCUCACCAAGACACACCAAGCGCCGGCAGCGGCGCCCCGUGCUCGGACUACAUCUCCCGUCGUGCCCGCGGGAGGAGGCGCCGCCGCCAUCUCGGCCUCGCAGGGACCGCGGCUCCCCCCGCCAUGAGCCGCCUCAGCGGCGCUUGGGACGGCGCCGGCGACCAAGUCCAGCUCCUCCUGGACCUGCAGUCAGCCAACUUUAUCCAGCAGUUGCCGAGAUGCCUUCGGUGUUUGACAAAGAACCUUUCCAGAUAUGCUGCAGAUAUGAAGUCAUUGCCACCCAACAUAAAGGAUAAAUUGAUUAAAUUAAUGAGUAUGCAAGGGCAAAUAACUGAUUCAAAUAUCAGUGAGGUAUUGCACCCUGCUGUAGAGUUUCUAGACCUCCGAGACUGUGAUAUUUCAGAUAAGGCAUUAUUGCAGCUUUGUAACUGCAAGCAAUUGAAAAAAAUCAACUUAAAUUCUUGGAAAGAAAAAAGAUUGGGAAUCACUUCAGAAGGUGUCAUAGCACUGGCCUUAUCCUGUCCUUACUUGCGUGAAGCGUCUUUUAAAAGGUGCUGCGGUAUAACUGACAGUGGAGUUCUUGCUCUUGCGCUCAACUGCCAGUUCCUACAAAUAGUGAACUUGGGCAGUUGUUCAGGAAUCAUGGAUGCAUCUCUGCAGGCACUAGGAGAAAACUGCAAAUUUCUUCACAGUGUGGACUUUUCAUCUACUCUGGUAACAGAUGAUGGCGUUGUAGCACUAGUGAGUGGAACAUGUUCAAAGAAUUUAAAGGAGAUCCACAUGGAAUGCUGUGUAAGUCUGACCGAUGUUGCUGUGGAAGCAGUCCUUACUUGUUGUCCAAAGAUACACAUUUUACUGUUCCAUGGAUGCCCAUUGAUGACAGAUCGUUCUCGAGAUGCUUUAGAGCAGCUUGUCUUAUCAAACAAAAUGAAGCAAGUAACAUGGACUGUUUACUGAAUAUUUAUUGUGUACGUAUGAGUGUAAAGUUUACAGAUGGGAGAGCUCUUUCAGAAACCAAGCG